AUGAAACACAAAAUAAAUAAUAGCUUGCAACAUGGACUCGGCGGCCAUUGCCAUGGCUGUUGGCAGCAGCAGCUCUGGUCCCGGCAGCAGCAGCAGCGCGAGCAGCGGUUACGGCAGCGCCACAACCACGCCCACAACGCCCUUGGGCGCGGGUCAUUAUGAGACAACAGCGACAAUAGCCACAGUGGCGCCUUUCUAUAGCGAAGCCUUGACCAGUCUCGAUGCACAGCGACAACAGCAGCAGCUGCAGCUGCAGCAACAGCAGCUGCAACAACAGCAGCUGCAGCAGCAGCAGCAACAGCAGCAGCAGCAACAAACGCAUUUCUAUCAACAGAAUUAUAAUUAUGGCAAUGCAAUGAGUUUGGAUGCUUACAAUUAUAAUGCCUACAACUAUAAUGCGCCUCCAAUGGGCGUGGGAGUGGGUGGCUAUCAGGGCGUGGCUAGCAGCAGCAGCAAUCGCUAUGAUAAAAUGCCUAAAUAUAGCAACAGCAGCAGCAAUAUGAGCAGCAGCAGCAACAUAAGCGUAAGCAACAACAGUAACAAGCCGCAGGCGGCUGCCACGCCCUUUUAUGCGCAGCCACCACAAGCAAUGAGCGCGUACCCAAGCAACAAUCAUGCAUAUGAAGCGUAUAAAUAUAAGUUGCCUAUGCAGCAGCAACAGCUACCGACGCAGCAGCCACAACAACAGUUGCCAACGCUUGAGCCCAACUAUGCUGCAGUUAAGCCAAGCAGUCGCUAUCAGAAUAUAAAUGGCAGCGCUGCGGCGCAAGGACAUGCAGCUUAUUAUGACAAGUAUGCAAUGAGCUUGUAUGCACCCAAUGCUGGGCUGAACUUUGGCGCUGCUGCGCCGCUCUACAGUCCGCCGCAGCUGAGUCCGGAGAACGCUUAUCGCAAGCCACAAGCAGCAGCAGCAGCCAAUUGCCAUUGGAACAUGGACUACAAUGCAGCCAAUUGUCGUGCUGCUGCUGCCAACAAUGUGCCACACGCCAGCAGCAGCGACUAUUAUUACAAUAAGUAUGCCACGCCUACAGCAGUGCCGCCCUACGGCAGCAGCAGCAGCGUUUAUCAAGCGCCGCCAAGCUACGCCAAUACGCGUGGCAUGUGGCAUGCAGAGCAUGCAGCGUCGAAUCAGCGGCAAAGCUGCUGCACGCAGCCAUAUGCACAACAAAGUUGCUACUAUACGCGCAGCAACAGCAGCAACUAUGUGCAGCCGCCGCCAGCAGCAGCAGCAGUGAAUGCGCCAGCAACUGUGCCCUAUGUGGCAAGCAAACUGAAGCAUGCCACCGAGCUAUAUGCGCCCUAUGAGCCUGCCUACCAACAUAGCUACAACAGCAGCAGCAACAUUAACAGCAGCAAUCAACAGAAUCAGCGCUAUAUGAGCAUGGGCAUGGGCAUGGGCAUGAGCAUGGAUGUUAAUGCUGCUGCUGGUGGCUACUACAAUGAUCUCAAUAGCUUGGAAAGCUAUCAGCGCACAGCAGCAGCAGCACCGCAGCAAGCAGCAGCCGACUAUCAAUAUCGCAAGCGUGCUGCAGCGCCCGCAAUGCUGCAGCCCAACAACAACAUUGCCAACAACAUGAGCAACAUUAACAGCUGCUACAUGCAGCAGCAAGUGGACAACUUUGGCUAUGAGCUGCCACAUUAUGUGCCCAGCUCGAAUAUACGUGACUUCUUUACCAGCUGGAAGGACGAUGAGGAGGAAGCUGCAGCGCAGCAGCCGCCGCCAAACGUAGCGCAAGUUGAGCCCGAGUUGCAGCAGCAGCAGCAGCAGCAGCUGGUGGCAGUGGUGGCGCCUGUCAAUAGCUUUAUGUAUGAAACGCUAGCGCCUGCAGGACCUGUAGCUACAGCUGUGCUGCCGCCGCAAAAGGACACGCUAAAUGUUGCUGACAGCUUUGGCAGCUUUGAUGUUGAAAAGGAACUGGACGAGCUGCGUCUAAAGCAAACAGAAUCAGAGUUUGAGCUAACUGCAACGCCUGUGGCUGAGACAGCAGCGCUGGCAGCAAUGCUCAGCGAACAGGAGCAACCACUAGCGCUGGCGCUGCCACUGCACAGUCCCAUGCUGGCCGAGUCCAACAUUGACUUUGAGCAGCACAACAGCAACAGCAACGAGUCAACAUUUGCCAAGGAAUACGAAACAUUUAUACACAAAAUUGGCGGCAGCGAAAGCGAAUCAGAGCAGCAGCAAACAGACGCAGCCGAUGCCAAGCGCUUUAAGUUCUACAAACGCAAGCGCAGGACAACGGAGCCUGCCGAGCAGCAGCUGCAGCCAGUGGCGCCAGCCAAACUAACAGCCAAAGCUGCAGCACGCGCUAGUCGCCGCUUGUUGGCGCGCAGACGACGCAAUCGCAUGAAAAUGUUGCAAAUACUGGAGUUUGAAAGUCCCAAGAGCAAGCAUCAUUUCUAUUUUCGCUGCUUGCAGCUGCUGCGGCGACGCUAUGCGCUGGCAGCAACACGCGCGCAGCGACUGCAGCGCAUGCGCAAGCAGCUGGCGCUGUGGGCAGAGCGACGCCUGCCGCUCAUAAAGCGACAAUCGGCAAAGCAUUACAAGCAGCAGCAGCAGCAGCAGCUGCUGACGCUGCAAAGUGCGCGCAGCUUGAAAUGCUUGAGUGUUAAUGCUUUAAAUACAAGCGCGUUUCGCGCUAGUUUGCUGCUGGAAACAGCACGCGAGACGGUUAUCAAAAGCGGCUAUGCCAUGCGUGAGCAACACAAGACUGAGCAGCAGCAGCAACAGCAGCAGCAGCAGCAGCUGUUGCUGGAGCAGGAGGAGCUUAGCCAGCAAUCGAUUGAAACAGAGUUGAACUUCAAAGGCUUCGAUGAUGUGCAGCAUGCAAAUUUGUCACCCAAAGUGCUGCUGCGUGUGGCGUCUCCUCCACAAGAGCAGCAGCAACAAAAGCAGCUGCAAAUACAAACUUGGCUGCAACAGCAGCCGCCAACAGCAGUCAGCAGCAGCAACAUUAUAUGCUUAAGCUCAAGCAGCAGCAGCUCAAGCUCAAGCUCAAGUUCAAGCAGCAGCUGCAGCUCAAGCAGCAGCAGCUCAGCCAGCUCUGUGGCAAGUGAUUUUAAUGAGUUAGCAGCGCUGCAAAAAGAAUUAUCACAGCAGCCUGAAGAGCUUGCACUGGGUGUUGUUGUUGCUGAGCAGCAAGUUUCAAACAAUGACAUAGCCAAGCUUAAGCAAAUACUGGAAAGCGACAAUGAUGAAGAGCAAACACAGCAACCACAGCAGUUGCUAGUUGACAGCAACAUACCAAAGCUAAGUGACCUUAGUAAAAUUGCCUUAAAUAGUUCCUUAAACACUAGCGAAUUAGACUUAAGUAAACCAACAGCAGCAGCAACAGCAGCAACACGUGAGCUAAGCGUUGAAGAAGCUUUAGCUGAAAUGUAUCAACAAAUUGGCGUUGCCUCCGAUGCCGAAGACUACGAAGUGGAGUCGAACAAGGAUUUGGUUGCCAAUGCAGCUGCACAGGAUGUGCUGCUUAUAAAUCUAGCAGAUAUAUUUGAUAACAACAGCAGCGAUUUGUAUGUAGUGCAAUGCGAUAUGAAUGAAAAUAUACUAAGUGUUGUUAGCGACGAACAGCAGCAACAAGAACACAACACUUUGCAGCUUAUAGAGCUGCUGGCACAGCCCGAAGCAGCAGCAGCAGCAGCAGCUACAGUUGAGGAUACUCCCUUAAUACAUCAUGAGGAAGUAGUGCGCGAUGAUUAUAAAUCCUUUGAGCGCGCGCAGUUUUUAAAAUAUCUGCAUAGCAAAUAUGUGCAGGGCAAUAUAAGCAGCAACUAUUAUGCGCAGCGAGUGCUAAAGAAGUACAAAAGGCGCUGGCAGCGCAAAAAAGUUAAUAACAAAGCUUAGAGUGGGCGUGGCGACUGUCAGCAACUGCUGCUGCUGCUGCUGCAGUUGCGUGUUGCACAUGGCGUGCCUAAUGGAUUUUAAACUAAAGCACACACACACAUACACAUACAAUCAUUAAUGCAGAAUCUCGAAAGACUUGUUUAUGUAAAUCAAAAUUUGUAUUUUGUUGCGCUACAAUAACAAUAUAAUUAUAUUGUAA